CCAAGCUUCAAAAUGAGCGAACUUCUAACCCUCGCCAAAGGCCUCAACCCAUGGCCCUUCUUCGCCCUUCAACUCUCAACCUCAAUCCUCACCUUAGGCUUCACAUCCCCCUCCUCACUCUUCCGCCCCACUAUCCUCCCUUUCGUCGCGUCAUGUACAUACAUCACCUGCCUCAACCUCCGCGAAUUCACCUCAAGAGGAUCAUGGGCCGCUACCACCGCCUGUUUCUCCACCCUCUUCUUCCUCCAGUAUCUCGAAAUGGGCGUCCUCUCUCGCUGGAGCUUCGAAGCCCGCGGCCCUACUUCAACUUCCUCCAAGAACUCCCAAGACAGAGAAGCAAAGAAAGAGGAUACAAUCUGGACUCGCCUCAAAUUCGGAACCUCCUCAAUGAUCUCAUUCCGCGACCUUUACACCCCCCACGAAACCAAAAACUCCCCACACUUCUCCCCCAAAAACCCCUCUUACACCCCCUCCCGCUCCACCUUCCUCCUAACCAGCAUCCCGAAACUGGUCCUCUGCUACCUAAUCCUCGACCUCAUCGAGUUCCAACCGCCUCCCCCCGAUGCCUCAUCUCUCUUCUCCCCCUCCAAGGUCCCUUUCCUCCUUCGCAUUUUUUCCGGCGAGGAAGCUGUUACCGGAGAGGAUGUCCUGGUUAGGAUAGCGUCUAGUAUUGGGUUCUGGAUCUCGUUGUAUUGCAUGAUUAGCGGGAUGGCGUUGUUCCUAGGUGUUGUGUGUGUGGGGUUGGGGGUGAGUGAGGUGAAAGAAUGGCGUCCUAUAAUGGGGUCUUUAAGCUCUGCUUAUACGAUUCGCGGAUUUUGGGGGGAGUUCUGGCACCAAGGAACCCGAAAAACGUUCUCAUACCCCUCUAACUACCUCAUCGACCAUCUCCCCGUCAAACUUCCAAGACUGCUAGCUCGGUACGCGAAGAUCUUCCUCACGUUCUACGUCUCGGGAGUCGUGCACGUUAUUGGGGAUUGGACGGGCUUUAUGCCGUGGGCGGAGUCGGGGAGUGUGAGGUUUUUUAUGGCGCAGGCGGGGGGGAUUUUGGUUGAGGAUGCGGUGCAGUGGGUGUGGAGAACUUUAGUCGGUAAGGAGAAGGGGAAGGGAAACGAGAAGGAGGAGAAGAAGGGAGGGAAAGUGUGGAUGAAGAUCGUGGGGUUUGUGUGGGUGAGUAUUUUUAUGCUGUUCUGGAGUACGCCGGCUUGGAUUUAUCCGACUGCGAGGUUGAAUGCUGGGGGUGUGGAGGGGAAGGUGUUGCCGUUUAGUGUUAUUGGAUUUUUUACUAGAUGAUAGAUGUACAGGUGAUUCUAGGUUUGAUGUAAUUAUAGCUGAUUGAGGAGAGUGUGAUCUCCAUGAAUGUCUGCAGAACGGGAAGCUAACAACGUCCACAAUAGCUAGCUAAGGUAGCCUGCGUUAAUAUCAUGGACCUUCUAUCCCCGAAAGAAAGGACCCGGUAGCCUACCAUCUCACAUCCGUAUUGAAACUCCAAAACCUACCUCAAACAUCAAACUCAAUCCUCC